AAUACGUAUUCUAAGCUAAAACAGGAAGGAAGCUGUGUUUCAUAUGCGUUAUUCUACGGUCUGUUGUCGAAACGUUUUAGGGGAGAAACAAUAUCGACUUGCUGUUUUCAGAAUGCUGCCGUUUUUAAAGUCAAUUUCCACGCAUAUGGAUUACAAGGGACAAAAGCUAGCAGAACAGAUUUUCCAGGGAAUCAUACUCGUCUCUGCUGUUAUUGGGUUCAUUUACGGGUUUAUCACUGAGCAGUUUGGAUGGACGGUUUACAUAGUCUUGGCUGGGUUUGCAGUUUCCUGUUUGCUGACUCUGCCACCUUGGCCUAUGUACCGCAGAAACCCAUUGAAAUGGCAAUCUGUGCAAUCUGAGAUAUCAGCACCAGAGAUGAUCAUCAAGGAGAAGCCAGUAGAAAACACAAAGAAAUCGAAAAAGCACAAGUAGAACAGCAAAUUUAGCAUUUCAUGCAGGCAUAUGUUUUAGAUUAUAAUUAUUUUGUGUGACGGUGCAGACAGGGCUAGAAAAUUCCAGUGGGUUUAUUCUGUGAAUUUUGAAAGCAGACUGCUGUACAAAGCAGCAUUGUUCAGAGGUUAAAAUAAAUAUUUCAAAUUGUAAAA